UGCCUAAACUUUAAUUAUACAAAUGGAAUCCCGACACUCAACCAAACUACAACCCAGGUUUUAAGCUUAUCUUCCACCCCCACAUAAUCAAAAUCUCUCUCUCUCUCUCUCUCCCCCUCAAUUCUAGAGAGAGAAACUGUGAAAAGGGUUCUUUUUCUUUCUUUUUGGUUGGGGACUGAAAAAUGGUGGGAAUUUUCUCAAGAUUUUCCGUGAGGGGUAGUCAUCGUCGCACUCAAAGUGCUAUUGAUGAGAGGGAAACAUUGCCUCCUACUUCGGAUUCGACAAACACUAGUACCACCACCACCACCGCCAUAGCAGCACCUGCAACACAUGGGAACGAAAUCGCAGUCGAGUUCAAACCGGUCGAAUACCCCACCGAGCCACUCGACUUCGAUCAGCCUAUCCAGUGUCCUUUACCCGAGCCUUCCAUUCUUAACGAUGGAAGAAUAUGGAAAGAAAGAGUAUCUUCAGGGGCGCAAAGGAGGCCUGCAGAUAGUACGGUGGUCAUGCAAGCGGAAGAGCAAACCCCCGUCGUCGAACCCCAGACUCCUCGAACGAAAGCUCGGGCCCAAAACCGAGUUAUUUUGCCUUCUGUCAGUGCACCCGAACAUAACAUCCUUAAAUUGCUCGAAGAGGUUAAUGCUUCUGGUGUAAGCUUCAACACCUGAUCACACCAUUCAAGCAACUCCUCAUAUAUAUAUAUAUAUAUAUAUAUAUAUAUAUAUAUUUGAGUGUGUGUAUUAUAUACACUUGUGUAAAGUUUGUCUAUGGUUCUGCAUUUUGUAGCCUUGUUUAUUUUUGACAUUAUAUAUAUAAGUUUGUGGUAUGGAUUCAUGUUCUUGAUUUAAUGAGAAUAUUCCUUAUUUUGUGCUUUUA